AUGUCAGAACUUUGCAGUUCUAAACUUGGCACAAAAGAACACUGGGAUUCCGUUUACAAUACUGAAGUAGAAAACUUUGUUGAUCAUGGCGAAGAAGGAGAGAUAUGGUUUGGUGAAGAUAGUGUUGACAAAAUGGUGACUUGGGCAAGUAUAGUAUCAUGCAUGGCUUUUAUUAAAGUUCUUGAUGAAACAAUGAGGAUUACUAUUCAAGUGAUUGAUCUUGGAUGUGGCAACGGCCAUCUACUCUUUAGAUUAGAGGACCUUGGGUUUGUCAAUCUAACAGGAGUGGAUUACUCGAAGGAAUCCAUCAAUCUGUCUCAAAAAAUCGGAUCCUCUCACACUCCACCAUCAAAGGCAUCCUUUGCUUGUUUAGAUAUUCUCAAUCUAGAUGAUAUAUCAGGAGCGGUACACGCAUCUACAAUGGAUCAUCGCAUCCGUUACACUCUUGCUUUAGACAAAGGAACUUUAGAUGCAAUCAGUCUAUGUGAAAAAACGGGUGAAAAAUCGCCCGCUGACACAUAUGUAGAGACUGUUGCAGCAAUGAUCAAGCCAGGUGGUGUGCUAUUGCUGACAUCAUGCAAUUGGACCGAGGCAGAGAUUCUUGAUCGGUUUAAAGCUGGAACGAUACAUGUCAAGGAUGGUUCAUCACAUUCUCUGUUUGAGUUUAUGGAUCGAAUCAAAUACCCUGUUUUUAAAUUUGGUGGUGCAGUCGGUCAGACUAUUACUAGUGUGGCAUUGCGUCGGUUGUGAUUUUACCAAUAAGCUUUCAGGAAUGACCACAUAUCGAUAUAUUUGUGGAAUUUGACUUCAUCUCAAUGCUCACUGUAUUGUGUGCGUACAACUUGAAGACAGGGCUAAUCUUUGAUCCAUUCAAUUCGAGUAACAUAAACCUAUCAAUGCAAUUCAUUGUUUCAACAGUCUGGUUUGUAUGUCUUGAAAAUAAACAAACAGUAGUACACUAAU